AUGUGCGAUAAUUUGGUGGAUUACCUGACCGCUGAUGAUGCUUCUUCGUUACGGCAAUUCCUGACAGACGAGACUGCCAUCGCCUCCGUUGACCUGCACUCACUGGCCUAUCAAGCGAUUACCAUAGGAAGUUAUCAAUGUCUGGAUGCUAUUGUGAAUCAUGACACCUUUGAUGCCUACGCCCCAUUUACGACAGAGGGUUCCCAUUUGCCCCUCCUACAUCAUGCCAUACGUUUGGGUGAUCUUCAUGCAUGCAAAUUGCUUCUGGAAAAUGGCUUUCACCCUCUGGUUUGUUCCGGCGCAUGUCAAACGGCCAUGCAGGAUAAAUCUGUUGGGGUGGACGACAUCUGCGAGGAUUGCGAGGAUGCCGUCCACUAUGCCUUGCAUUACGCGUGCGCAUCAAACAGAAGAAACACAGUGGCGGUACUUUUACAGACAACAUUU